AUAUUUUGUUUCUAAAUUGUUUUUAUAUUUUUAUUCUUGAUCAUCUUUCAUCUAAUUUAAUUGUUGUUAUUUAUUUUAAUCAAUUCACAACAUAAUCUUCUUCUUUUCGUUAUCAAUUAUAUCGGAAUGGAAUUAAAUUAGUUUACCUUUUGUCUUUCAAUUCGAAACCUUUUUCUCUGUUUUUCUUUUCCUUCUUUUCUUCAUUUAUUUUGUUCUUUCUUUUUUUUUGCUUCUUUUUUCUUAUUCUCUUUCUCUCUUUCUUUCUAUUUGUGUUUCGUUUUUUAUUUUCUCUUUCUCUUUUAUCUCUUUCUUCUUCUUCUUCUCUGGUUGUAGAUUAUUAUAUCUUGAAUACAAAUGGUUAAUAUGCCUUCGAGAAAGAGGCGAAAGUCAAGAACCAGCUCGGAAUCAUCUGGUCUUGGUCAGUGUUUAAUUUGUUUGAGACAAGAUUCAAACGAAUCCUUGAUCACUUGUCAAUUGUGUGCCAAUCAAUUUCAUUCAGUGAAAUGUCUCCAUAUGUUACCCAAAACGGUUAAUCGAAUUCCCUUAAGCUCUUGGUCUUGCCCUAAAUGUAAAUCUUGUGAAAUAUGUGGACGUAAGACAAGAGCAUUAAGAUCUGCUGCAGAAAAUAAUCUACUACUUUGUAAAGGAUGUGAUCGUGGUUUCCAUCGUAAUUGUAUACAUCAUCAUACUGCAGAUGAUGGACUGGAUCUAAUCAAUGAAUCUACCUGGUUAUGUUUAAAUUGUGAAGAUAAAAUGGCUUCUCAAGGAGAUACAGCUGAUGAAUCGGAGGAAGAAGAAGAGCAAGAAGAAGAUCAAGAAGAAAAUGAGGAAGAUGAAGAAGCCAAUGACAGUUCAGAGGAAGAGGGCGAAGAAGAAGAGGAAGAAGAUGAAGACGAUGAUAUCAACAUUGAGACUUGUGAAAAAAGUGAUCAAAGUGGUGAUGAAAGUGAGGAAAAUGAAGUAGAUGAAGAUGAAGACGAUGAAGAAAAGGAAGAUGUGAAUGAAGAAGAUGAGGAAGACGAAGAUGAAGAGGAUGAAAGUGAUGAAGAAAGAAGUGAUAUUGAUAGACCUCAACCACGACUUACCCGCUCUAAAGCAGCUGCAGGUCGAUCCAUUUGUGAGCCGAUUUCCGAUGCUCAAAGUUCAAGUCAAAACGAGUCAAUGGAACUUGAAGCCAAUGAAUCAGAUGUUAGUGAAAAGCCAUCAAAAACAGCUAAAUCAAAAACGAAGAGAGGAAGAAAACGUAAAAAUGGAAUAAGUCAACAAAAUAACAAUAAUAUCCUUGUACCAAAGAAAGUUAAAAGUGAAGAUGAAAAUAGUCGUGACGAUGAGGAAGAAGCUCGUUGUAGAGUUCCUGGAUGUGAUUCUAAAGGACAUCUUAGUGGAAAAUAUUCAACUCAUUUUACAUCAUCAACUUGUCCAGUUUUUCACAAUUUAACACAAGAAGAAUGUGUCGAUAGAUAUCAGAAUCGUUUACGACGUAAAGAUAUUCGUGAAACCAAUCAAAAGAUAUCAACUCGUAAAUCACCUUACAAGGAGGAGAAAAUAAAUUGCCUGAUAGAACAAAGAAAAAAGGAAUGCAAUCAAAUUGCAAAUGGACCAAGUGUCAAGAAAAACAAUUCUUCCUCUACAAAUACAACCCAUUCAAUAACAUCUCGAGAGCCUAAAUUAAAAUCUCUUGCUCCCAUUUUCGAUUAUGAAAUGUUUAGAGAAGCUCAAAGCCGUGCAGCUGAACUUAUGCAAGAACAAAUGAAAGAAAAUCCUCCCCGAAAAACGGGCAUCAGAACAAUCGAAAUGGGAAAAUAUGAAAUGGACGUUUGGUAUUCAGCACCUUACCCGCCCGAUUAUGCUUGUCUACCCAAGCUUUAUAUUUGUGAAUUUUGUCUCAAAUAUUUCAAUUCCUCCCUCACCAUGAAGCGACAUGCACUUAAAUGUCCACUCCACUGUCCCCCAGGCAAUGAGAUCUAUCGUAAAGCAAAUAUAUCAGUUUUCGAAAUUGAUGGUGAAAAAAACAAACUUUAUUGCCAAAAUCUUUGUCUUCUGGCUAAACUAUUUCUCGAUCAUAAAACUCUCUAUUACGACGUUGAACCUUUCAGAUUUUAUAUCAUGACUGAAUCAGAUAAUGAUGGUUUUCACAUUAUUGGUUAUUUUUCCAAAGAGAAAAACUCAUUCCUCAAUUAUAACGUCUCAUGUAUAUUAACCUUACCACCCUACCAGAAACAAGGUUAUGGUCGUAUGUUGAUUGAUUUUAGCUAUUUAUUAACUCGUGUGGAGGGUAAAGUUGGCUCACCGGAAAAACCGUUAUCCGAUCUUGGUCUAAUCUCAUAUCGAAGUUAUUGGAAAAAUGUGAUUCUAGAAUAUCUUUGUAAUUACCAGGGAAGUGAAAUAUCAAUUAAAGAUUUAAGCCACGAAACAGCAAUUAACGCUUACGAUAUUGUCAGUACUCUUCAAGCACUUGGAAUGUUAAAGUACUGGAAAGGAAAACAUUUGGUUCUCACUCGAAAGGACAUUCUCGAUGAAUAUAAAGCUAAAAACAAGAAGAGGAAAAAUUUUAAAUCAAUUGAUUCGACUUGUUUAAAAUGGACUCCACCCAAUAACAAUGUUCCUUCAAUUAAAUAAUUAAAUCAGCUCAUUUAAUGAGGAAAACUGGUUAAAUUCAAUUGGAGAGCCAAUACAAGCUUAUAAAUCCGAUGAGAGAGUCUUUUGUUUUCUGGUAAAUCAAAAUCAAAUGAUUAUACAGCCACGGACAUUAAGUUUCGUACACUUUCAAUCAAAGUUGCGCAUAGAGUUGCUUUUCUAAUGUAAAUUGAUUGAAGAAUCAACUCUAUGCGCAACAAUUAUUGAAAGUGUACGAAACUUAAUGUCCGUGGCUGUAUA